AUGCAGAAACCUCGUCUGCCGGUUAAGCAGCUUGCGAUAUUGGCAAUAUGUCGAUUUGCUGAGCCCAUUGUCUUCACGUCUAUUCUUCCGUACCUUCCGGAAUUAAUCCAACAUGUCGGUGUCCCCAAGCCUGAAGUCGCCAAAUGGGCUGGCAUUGUCUCGGCGGUCGCUUCCGUGAGUCAAGCUAUCAUGGCCGUCCCCUGGGGCGCUUUCUCCGACUAUAUAGGCCGCAAGCCGGUAAUUGUCAGCGGCCUGUUUUGCACCAUGAUCCUGUCUAUCUUGCUCGGCAUGUCCUCUUCGUUGACCAUGGUACUCGUGACACGCGCACUGGCCGGUCUAAUGAACGGAAACGUGGGUAUUAUCCGGACCAUGGUUGCGGAGAUUGUGCCUGAGCGCGAGCUCCAACCGCGGGCUUUUAGUAUCAUGCCGCUAGUAUGGACGAUCGGGAGUAUCUUUGGUCCAGCAUUUGGAGGUGCCUUGGCGCGGCCUGCGGAGAAAUUUCCCGGGCUUUUUGGGGGCUCGGAGUUUCUGAAGAAGUAUCCGUUUGCAUUGCCGAACCUUGUCUCAGCUUGCUUCUUUAUUGUUGGAAUCUUGAAUGGCAUUCUGUUCUUGCGGGAAACCCAUAUUACUAGGAGACAUCAACGCGAUUAUGGUCUUGAGCUUGGAAAGGCACUUACUCGGCCAUGUACCUCGCGGAAUAAGCGGAGUGCAGAGGCGAAGGCUUUGGAUGAGGAGCGAGCUACUUUGCUUCCUCGCAAGCACAAGGAAACGGUGCCCGUUGUUCGGCCUAGCUGGUCACAGGUCUUCACGCCACAGUCAUGUCUGAUCUUGACUUCAUACACACUAAUGUCCGGACUUGGGAUGGCGUUCGAUGCCGUAUUCCCCGUAUUCCUCAACUAUCCCGUUCAAGACUUGAACAAUAACCCAGAUGUUCAACUACCGUUCAAGUUUGCAGGUGGAUUCGGUGUUGACUCCCAAACAAUCGGCAUUUACUACACAAUGAUUGGCGCAGUUGGCAUGGUCAUUCAAUUUUUUGCCUUCCCACCAAUCGCCAAGCACCUCGGUAUCCUCCGCUGCUUCAAAUUGGCCGCCAUCGCCCAACCGAUCAUCUUCUUCCUCACGCCAUUUACAGUUCUCGUCCCAGAGCCCUUUAGGCUAUCAGCCGUGCUCCUAAUUAUGCUCGCUAAACUUGGCACAACAGUUUUCGGUAUUCCCUGCUCGACAAUCCUGCUCACGAACUCGGCUUCAAGCAUGUCUGUUCUUGGUACGUUGAAUGGAGUCUCAACGAGUGUUAGUGCCCUGGGUCGUGCGGCAGGCCCCGCGAUUAUUGGCUCUGCCUUCUCCUAUGGUGUGAAGAGAGGGUAUGUGAUUAUCCCAUGGUGGUUAUUGAGCGCGUUAGCGCUGUGGAGUGUUGUUCCUGCUUUUUGGAUUGUGGAGCAAGAUGGCCCCCAUCGGGACGUGGUAGAGGAAGAGGGAGACACUGAGCAAGACGAACAGGAAGUCUCUGCUGGUGGGUAUGGGGCCUUGAGUGUGUCGAAACAGAUUGAUGUGAAGGGUGCUCGGGAUGAUUAA